AGAAGCAUUGUUUCAGAUAUCUAAUAUCUAUUGAUCUCUUUUGGUCGGAAAUAAGGAGUUCAUUUAAAAUAAAUCAAUUGAUCCGUGAAAAAAAUAAUAUUAUUCUCACGAGGAAAUCUCUUUUAGUAUCUUCUUAACUUGGGUGGUUUCUCCUGGCACUGGUAUUUGCUCUUGUUUGCCCCCUUAAGCUGAUAGAAAGAAGAAGCAGACAGCACUUCUACGUAAAUAGAGACAAGAAGGAGCAGUAUGUCUACACUUGUCUAUGUAAUCCUCACUUCUCUCAUUGCCAGCACUCUAUCAUGUGGCACCAACGGGGAGACACUAGAGUUUCUCAUCGGUAGCAGAGGUAGAGGCCUAAAGAACGGUUGCAGCUCUGAAAAUCACAGGAAAUAUAGGGCAACUCGGUGUUCAAAAUUAGGAGAUGCUGGAGCACCACCAGCAGCUCUGCCUGUGAAAACAGAACUGUUGGUAUUUGCAGACCAAAGGCUGGCUUCGGUGUAUCCUAUUAUACAGAAGUUCAAGUCCUUAAUCACCUCCGAUCCUCUAGGGAUCACCAAAACCUGGGUGGGCUCGGAUAUAUGCAACUACAAAGGGUUCUUCUGUGACAGCCCCCCAGAUAACAAUUCUGCAACAGCUGUUGCUUCUAUUGACUUCAACGGAUUUCACCUCGCUGCCCCUACUCUCGAUGGAUUUCUCGAUCAACUUCCUGAUGUUGCACUUUUUCAUGCCAACUCCAACAACUUUGCAGGGACUCUCUCUUCAAAUAUCGCCAGGCUUCCUUAUCUCUACGAGCUUGACAUAAGCAACAACCUAUUCUCUGGUUCAUUUCCUACAGCUGUUCUUGGUAUGGAUGGCCUAACAUUCCUGGACAUUCGGUUCAAUUUCUUUUCCGGGGCAGUACCACCUCAAAUAUUUACACAAAAUCUCGAAGUUCUCUUUAUCAACAACAACAAUUUUAUGACGACGUUGCCAGAUAAUUUAGGCAGCACUCACAUUCUUUACCUCACCCUGGCAAACAACAAAUUCAUAGGUCCAAUCCCAACAGGCAUUUUCAAAGCAUUUUCCUCUCUGAGUGAGGUCCUACUCUCGAACAAUCAACUAACAGGCUGUUUGCCUUAUGAGGUAGGGCUUCUCAAAGAGGCCAUAGUAUUUGAUGCUAGCAACAAUGAAUUGACAGGUCCCUUGCCGGUCGCCUUGUCUUGUCUAGAGAAGGUGGAGCUGCUGAGCUUUACUUGCAAUCAAUUAUUUGGAAUGGUUCCUGAGGUGAUCUGUGAGCUGAAAAAAUUGAGGAACUUUUCACUGUCCGAUAAUUAUUUCACAGCGUUGGGGCCAGUGUGCAGGGAAUUAUUUUACGAAGGAGUUCUCGACGUUACGAACAAUUGCAUCCCUGGUCUUCCAUUCCAAAGAUCAGUAGUGGAAUGUUUAGAUUUCAUUGCACACCCGAAGUCCUGUCCCUGGAUGUGGUCCUACACUUUCAUUCCUUGCAAGCUCCCCUUCAGCUCUGGCUCUACGAAUCCUGGAAUGGCUCCUUCAUCUUGAUUGUUACAUUAAGCUCAUGUCCUGCGUUGGUUUUUGUCCAUGUUUGGAACUUUUGAUUAUAUUGUUUGUGAAGACAACCAUUCUUUCACUUCAUCCUUGUUCAUUCUAUAUAAUAAUCCGUGUCUUAAAUUUGCCGUGUUC